UGGUUCGAGAGCAUUCAGUUGAUUAAAAGAACUGACAAAAAAAUAAUUACUUAACAGAAUUUUUGCAAAAAUGUCUCGUAAAGUAUCACUUUUAAUUGUGUUGUAUUGUGUAUUAUGUAUAAUUGUGUCAGUACAUUGCAAAUUAGAGUACUUGUCAAAUGAAAAUGAACCUUCGAGUGAGAAUGGAUGCGUAAAAAGGGUUGAUUUAUCAAACAUGGGAAUAACACGGUUGAAAAAUAAUUUUUUGAAGAGUUCUACAGUAACACGGCUUGAUUUAUCAAGAAAUUAUAUUUUAAAAAUCGAAGACGGCGCAUUCGAUAGUUUACCAAAUUUGAAUUUCGUUAAUUUAACCAGAAAUUUAUUUCCAUUUGGAAAUUUGAAUUUCACUGAUUUUUCGGCUGUUGAAACAUUAGUGUUAGAUAGUUCAAUUUCUUAUAUCGAGAUUAAAUCCGUUUAUACUUCUUUUAAUGACUUCCAUGACGAUUACGAAGUAAUUUCAACAAGGACAUAUCAUGACUAUGAAAAAACAAUUGUUCUCUUGGGUUCAAUGAAAUUUUUUAAACUAAAGAAACUAUACCUACGCAAAAAUAGAAUUGCAGGAAUUAACUUACAAGAUAUUGAAGCAUUAAGCGAUGUUAUGUCAAGCAUUACUCAUCUCUAUCUCAACGAAAAUUCUCUUCGAUCUGUGGAUUUCUUAACGAAAUUUCCUCCCACCUUGACUCAUUUGCACUUGGAAAACAAUCAAAUUGGCUCCAUUAAAACGGAUAGAUCAGUUAAUAGUUUGAAAGUUUUGACUGUCGACCGAAAUCAAAUCGAAUCAUUGUGCGGAGCCUAUCAAGACUGCUAUGGAAUAUCAAUGGACAUGUUUGAACAACUGGAAUAUUUUUCGAUUACAUACGCGGGCCUAAAAAACAUUUCACCAAGCUCUUUUAAAUAUUCUUUAGCUCUGAACUAUUUAAAUAUGUCUUCUAAUGCAAUUGAAAUAAUUAAAGAUAAUACAUUUCGUAAUUUAAUCAAUUUGGAGACACUCGAUCUUAACUUCAAUAAACUGCAAACUAUUCCUUAUAUUUCUGAUGUUAAAAAUUUAGAAUAUUUCUCAAUUGUUGAAAAUGGAAUAAGUGCUUUGGACAAAUUAAAUUUUGACGGUCUAACUAAUCUAAAAAUAUUAAUUCUCAGUCAUAAUAGACUGACUGAAAUCAUCUCAGGAACAUUCGAUGAGCUUGUUUCGUUAGAAAAACUAGAUCUUUCUGCAAAUAAGCUCGAAAUUCUGUCACCUGACUGGAUUUCUCCUAAAGUAAGUCUGAAACACUUAUUCUUGAACGAUAACUCGUUUAGAAGUUGGUCAAGUUUGUCAUUAAUGGGAAUCCAAAGUCUUCAAUACGUCAAUGUCACUGGAAAUCCAGUCAAGUUAAUAAAUAUAAGAGCAUUAAUGACUUUACCCGAAAACACAACUGUGGAUAUCGGGAACUUGAAUACUAUGAACUAUUCGGAAGACAAGUGCGGAGAAGCAUUUGAUUUUUCGAAUAUGGGAAUAAUGGUUUUGAAAACUAAAUUUUUAAACAGCUUAACUUUAAUAACGUUUAUGAUAACGGUUUGGCGAACCAGUUCUACAACGGAGAGGAUCACACUAAUUAUAACUAUCAAGAAUUCAUGCAUCAGUGCCAUAAAAUUGGAGAUUACAAAAAAAGAAACCGAACAAGUCAUAUUUAUUUAUUUUGACGCUUCGAUGAAGUUUCCCAAAUUUAAAAGAUUGUAUCUGCGCCAAAAUAGAAUUGAGCUGCUAAUAUUCCAUCAUUUAGAUUCUCUGAGUCAAAUAAUGCCGAAAUUGACGCAUCUUUAUCUCGGCGAAAAUAAUCUUACCAGAAUAAACUUGGACAGUUUAUCUCCAACUUUGACUCAUUUGUAUCUGGACGAUAAUAAAAUAUCUCAGCUUACAAUUGAGAGUUCUAACAACAGUUUUAAAGUUUUGAAUAUCAAUGGAAAUCAAUUCAAUAAAUUGUGUGGACAUUAUCCCGGUGGCGGAUGUGAUGGAAUUUUAUUGGAAAAGUUUCCGCAAUUGGAAUAUUUUUCAAUUGAAAACGUAGGUCUAAGAGACGUUUCAGUAAACGCAUUUUUGUAUUCAUCUGCUUUGGUUCAUUUGAUUAUGUCUCAGAACAACCUUAGUCAAAUUGACAACGGAACAUUUCAUGACUUAGUCAAUUUGAAGAAACUAAUUCUAGAUGACAAUCGACUAAGUGCUCUUCCUGACCUUUCCAAGUUGAAAAAUUUGGAACUUUUCUCGAUUGCCAGAAACGAGAUAAGUUCUUUGAGGAAAUUUGAUUUUGACAAGCUGGAAAAUUUGAAAUCAUUGAAUCUCAGCUAUAAUAAUUUGGGCGAAAUCAUUCCGGGAACAUUCAAUGGAUUGGAGUCGUUGGAGAUAUUGGAUCUAUCUGGAAACAAGCUUCAGACACUGUCAACUUUUUGGAUUUCUCCGAAAACAAAGUUGAAAUGUUUAUUUUUGCGUAAUAAUUUAUUUUUAAGUUUUUCUAACUUGCCAUUGACCGCAAUUAAAAAUCUUCGAAAAAGCAUUGCAGAGAAUUCACUACCGUCAAUCAUAAAUGCGAAGUCAUUGAUGUCUUUGUCCGAUAAUGUGACUUUGGAUAUUAAUGGUGAUCAAGUUUUUGUGUCAAGAAAAUUUUUUUCGUAG